CAGAGGUUAGGCGGUGAGACUGUGUGGUGCGAGAAGUACGUGGCGUCCGGUCGGCAGAGAGAAGCAUCCGAGUUCUACCAGGGGUAAGGUGAUAGAGUCAUUUACCCUCUUUCUCACGUACUGUCAGUCAUCAUGCCUCGGGGUCAGAAGAGUAAGCUUCGCGCCCGUGAAAAACGCCGCCAGGCUCGACAAGAGCCCAGUGAUCUGGUGGAAGCUCAGCCCACUGAACCAGAGAAAGAAGAAUCCCCUUCUUCCCCAUCUCCUUCUUUUGAAGAUGUUCCCCAGAGCUCAGCUGCCACUGGAACAUCCAGCAGUCUUCAAUUGCCUGGCAAAGUCUGCUCCACCACCACUGUUGCUGCCUCUGUUUCAGAUGCAAAAUUUAGUGAAGGUGCCACCGAUCAAGGAGAGGAAAGGCCAAAAGCCUCUCAGAGUCAAGAUACCAUCCAGCGCCGGCCCAAAGGUCCUGUAGACGAUAAGAUUGCUUUGUUGGUGCAUCACCUUCUGUACAAGUAUCAAACGAAAGAGCCUGUGACCAAGGCAAAUAUGCUGAAACAUGUAACCUACAAGUACAAGAAUCAAUUCAGUGAGAUCCUCAGGAAAGCCUCUGAGCAUCUGGAGCUGAUGUUUGGCCUCGACUUGAAGGAAGCGGAUCCCAACAGGGGUACUUAUGUCCUUGUCAAUAAACUGGAUAUGGGCUUUGACGAAAAGCCAGGUAAUGGCAGAUUUUUUCCCAAGACUGGUCUGCUGAUGAUUGUCCUGGGUGUGAUCUUCACGAACGGCAACUGCGCCACUGAAGAGCAAGUGUGGAAAGUGCUGAAUAAGAUGGAGUUAUAUGAGGGGAAGAAGGACAUCAUCUAUGGGGAUCCGAAGCAGCUCAUCACCAAAGAUUUAGUGCAGGAAAAGUAUCUUGAGUACCGCCAGGUGGCCAAUAGUGAUCCUCCAUGCUAUGAGUUUCUGUGGGGCCCGAAAGCCUACACUGAAACCACCAAGAUGAAAGUGCUGGAGUUUGUAGCUAAGAUCCAUGGUAGGGCCCCCACUGCCUUCACAUCCUUGUAUGCGGAGGCUUUGAGAGAUGAGGAAGAGAGAGCCCAAGCUAGAGCUUCAGCCAGGGCUCGCGCUGCUGCUUUGGCCAGUGGCCACUCCUCGGCCACAGCCCGCAGCUUCUCCUGCACCAAGUGAAGUCUGAGGAAAAUUUGAAGAGAACCGCUGAUGUUCUCACUAGUGGAAGAUUGGGGCAGGGCUGGAGAAAACGGAGUAUAUAUAACAUGUUUGUGUUCCUGUUCUAUGUGGAUAAAUUUGCAUAAAUGUUGCUCCUUUUAGUAGAAAUUUAACUAGCUUCAGAAUCUGAGUUUAUGAAUAAUAUAAAUUAAACAUGUAUUGAUGUUUAUGAGUUUUACUAUUUUAUAGAAGAAAUUGGGAAACUUUGUCUUAUUUACUUAUUCAGAACAAGAUAACAUGUCAUUGGAUUAGGCAUUUCCAAGGAAAUGUGAAAAGAAAUCAGCA